UGUCAGGUUCCCGGGGGCGGGGCCUGGUGUCAUGGCUGCGCCCUGUUCGGAUCGACUCUUCGAAAGGUGUUGACGAUGUCCAAGGAGCAGGUGACUAUCAGUGAGCUCCUGCUCUCAUUGGACAGUUCGGAGCUGCAGGAGGCGGAGCAGGUGAGGGCGACAGUCAACCAGCAGCUGAGCUCAGACAGAGGAGGUGCGGUUCUCUCCUCUCUGGUGGAGUAUUACCUUGACUCCUCGUCGUCUCAGGCAGUUCUCCUCCUGUCGACCAUCAGAGAACCUCAUCACAAGCUGCUGUUGGAGAAGCUCCACGAGUCUCUGAACAGACCUGGAACCAGAUUGGCUGCUCUGACUCUGCUGGGUCACCUGAUACGCAAGCAACCGCCAUGGGUUCAUCACAUCAGCCGCUCCCCACUGCUGCCGUCACUGCUGCGCUACCUCAAGACAGACAGUGAUGUGGCCGUUCUCAUCACUGCAGUCCUUGUCCUCAUCACUCUGUUACCCAUGAUCCCUCAGGCCGGGAAACAGCACAUCUACGACUUUUUCGACGUGUUCGGACGCCUCGCAUCCUGGAGUUAUAAAAACCCCGGUCAUGUACCUGUGGUUCACCUGGUCCACCUUCAUGCAGGUGUGUACUCACUGUUCCACCGUCUCUACGGGAUGUUCCCCUGUAACUUCAUCUCCUACCUGAGGCUGCACUACAGCAUGAAGGAGAACCUGGACACCUUCCAGGAAAUCGUCAAGCCGAUGUUGGAACAUGUAAGGGUUCACCCUGAGUUGGUCACAGGGACUCAGGACUAUGAACUGGACCCGUCCAGAUGGAGGUGUUAUGAAGUCCAUGACAUCGUGAUCGAGUGUUCCAGAGUGUCUCUGGAUCCUCUGGAGUCGUCAUGUGAGGACGACAGUUUCUCCUCCCUCAGAGACCCCCCUUCCUCACCCUCACCCAGACCCCCCCCUCUGUCCUCCCCCCUCCCCCCGCUCGACCUCACCUGCAUAGAUGGCGUCAGCAGCACAGGAAGCUCAACGUGUCCGGCUCUGCCUCAGUUGACCUUUGACACUUGCACACAGGCUGAUGAUGUCACAUGGAGCCCCUCCUCUCACUGUGGUUUGUCGACGCCCCCCCCUGAACCUGCUGCCACCGACUCCACCCACCCACCAAGCAGAACCGCAUCCAUCUCAGCUGUGGAAUGUCCUCCAUCUUCCUCUGUCCCUGUGACAUCACUGAGCGAAUACAACCAGGACGGAGGUCUGACUCCUCAGGACAACCACCAGGUGAAGCAGCAGCCAAUCCCUGAGCUGGAGAGGUCAUCCAGUCAGCCAGUCACAGAGAAGGAGGAGAGAGUUCAAAGUGAUGUCAUCAACAGCAGCGGAGACUCCACCCCCCCUCAGCACAUCCUCCUCACCUCUACCCCCAGCUGUGGCCAGUCAGACUCACCCCUCCCCCGUCCUCCCCCCUCCAUCUCACUCUGCUUCACCCCACCAACCAGGUCAGAGGAGGGAGGCCUCUUUGAUCAGAGUCCCGCCUUCCCAUACGAACCCCUGUUUGAGCUGGCUCUGCCUCGAGCCGCCCAACUCUUCAUCGGGAGGAAGACUCAGGAGGUGCUGGAGAGAGCAGCAGGUCAGCAGGAGACGGGGGGAGGUGGGGGAGGAGUGGAGGGAGAGGACAAGAAGCAGGAUCAGACCUCCGUCUCCCCUCUGGAGGCUCUGGACCAGCUGAUCGUCUACGGACGCGACGCCCAUGAACGCCUGAGCAGUAGGUUGUCAGCAGUCAGUAGGUCGGUGGAUCGAAGUCAUUUUGGAGGUAAACAGCAAAGCAUGAAAACCAAAGGUGCGGUCGUGGGGGAGGAGCUUCAGUCACUGAGGAGUCAGUUGUUGCUGAUCCACAGUCAGCUUCAGUACGAACGUUUCAAACGGCAGCAGCACGCCAUCAGAAACCGCCGCCUGCUGCGCAGAGUCAUCAACUCUACUGCGCUGGAGGAGCAGAGUAUCGCCAUGAGGGCUCAGCUGGGCGUUCAGGACGAGGAGAUUCGUUCUCUGAAGUUGAGUCUUGAGGAAGAACAGAGACGUUACACACAACUGCAGCAGGACACACACACACACACCAACCAGCUGAACACACAGAUCCAACAACUGCUGCUGCAGCAACAGGACGAGCAGACACACAACCAGAGGCUGCAGAGCGACCUUCAGGAGUGUCAGAGCAGGCUGAGAAUUGUGGAGGCGGAGCUUCAGAGAGCCAAUAACAAGGCCUACAACUCUGAGCAUCAGCUGACCCAGCUGUCACUCAAGUUGAGCAGCAGUGAACAGUUGCAGCAGCAGAUCUUCUUGAUGAACCAGCAGCUCGUCCUCCUCAGAGAAACUAACAGAGCUCUGACCAAUCAGCUGGAGGGAGGAGGGGCCGACCGCUGGACCGAGGCGUCCAUGCUGCAGUGCAGUGUGGGUAAAGAGUGCCAGCGUCUGAGGGACAGCGAGGUCCAGCAGAGACAGAAGCUGGAGGCAGCCAAUCACAGGAUCGUGGAGCUUGAGAACCAGCUGACCAGGAAAGAUCAGUGCAUCCAGGAUCAGAAGAAACUCCUGGAGGACACCAAGGCCCAGAGCAGAGCGGAGUUGUCGGCCUGUGACAGUCGCUGCGUUGCUCUGCAGAGAGUCAGUCAGAACCUGCAGACUGAGAUGCUUCACCUGUACAGUCAGAUCCACCUGGAAACUCACAGUCGCCCUCAGGACGUCUGCGGCAGGCCCAAUGGCGGCAGUGUUGCUUUACCUGUUGCUCAGAGCAGCCUCAGGCCCCGCCCCUCCUCUUCUUCUGUUGGUAUAAUAAAUGGAGUGGUGUCCACCUCCCCCCUGCACCUCCCGUCCUGCUCCUCCUCCCCUCUCUCCCUGUCCCCCAUCGAAUCCCCCCUGGCCGUCGGAUCGUUCCUGGAGCAGCGAGCGCGGCAGCUGUUCGGACCGACCAAUCACAGCCCGGAGGAGGAGGAGGAGGUGGAGGAGGUGGAGGAUGAGGAUGAGGAGGUUCAGUCGGAGACCCUUCUUCUGGAUCAUGAAGUGGAGGAGGCCACCCUCCUCUCAGAGAACCCUCAGAUGGCGCCUCCAAGCCUGGCUACAGCUCACAGCUUCACCGCCUUCAAACCCGCAGCGCUCCCCCCAGGUCCUGCCCCCCCUGCAGACCUGACCCUCGCUGUUCGCCAGAGGAGACACGAGCUGAGCAUUAUGGACUACGACGAGACGCUGCCAGAGUACUGACGGAGGACUGGAGGCCGUCCUCAGAUCAGCAGCUGACCUGCUGACUGGUCUGUUUUCACAUCUGCCUUAAAAACACUGUGUGUCACAACUUUUUCCUGUUCGGUGGAUAAAACCAUAGUGGUGAAUAAAUUGCGAAGCUAGCUCGAAUGCUAACCAGCCAAUAAGCUGACAGAGAUUAAAGAGAAUCAGUCGGAGUUUAACCUCCAGAGCACAAAUGAAAUGACAUCAGUGUAAAGUCAAACUCUCACUGAUUAUAUUGAAAUGAACCAAUAAAUGUUAUAAAUCUCAGUCCACCUAAAGAACUGAAGCUACAGCUAAGAUAGAAAUCAGAGAGAACUGUAGUAUGUUCUGCUAAUGCCAAAAUGAGCUUGUCAGCUAAGUGGCUUUUAGUUCAAACCAAUUAAUGAGCAAGUUGAUGGAUGUUAAUUUAACAGAAGAAUAAAGAAAUAAGUUAAUGUUAGCAAAAAAAUUAUUUACUUUGAUGUAAGAACAUAUCCAGAAUUGUGUCAAGAUAUAAAACGAGUUAUAAAGAGACAUUAAAUAGAACUGUAAAAUCUUAAAAACUAAAUAACAGUCACAGCAGCUAAAUACAACAAAACAAAUCACAUCAGUAAUUCUACUGUAAUAUGAUGUUUAAAGUCUCACAGCUAACAUUAACAUGCUAAUAUUUGCCCUCAGCACAUUGACUUGUGAAUUAACUUGCUCAUGCUCUGAUAGCUGUGCAGUUAUUGUGACGUUCCUGAGUCUGAACGUUGGAUCUUGAGUUUUGUUUUUGUCGUCAGGAAACAAUUAAUUAAACCAAAAAUAAGGGAAGAAAGUGGAGGUUUGUUUGAAUGAGUGAAUUUAAGGGGAAGCUAACAGUAGCUGUGCUAAUGAUCCAGCGUUAUCUGCAACAUAAAACUGCCUUCCUGUCACAAACAUCCGUUUUUCUUCUCUGCAGCUGCAACAGCAGCAUCAAAACACUAUCAACCUUUUUACACCAAAAUUAGCAGUUAUAUAUUUCAGGGGAAAAAACAUCGGAACGCGUUGCCACUAAUCAGGCUUGACUUUCUGUCUGGACUGACGCUGAGCUGCUCAAAUGACUGUUACGUCUCAUCCUCUGUAUCUGAACCUCAGCAGCACAUUCUCAGCAGGCAUGCCCUAGCUAGCAGCUAUCUAGCAUAGAUAGCAUCAUUAGCACAGCCAUGAUGUGCUGUGUAGACAAAGGUGUAUGUGGUUUAACAGCAGGCGUGUUCAGUGUUUGUGCCUCAAAAAGACAUCUCAGUGGAAACUGACCCAAGAUCUUCGUGUUCGACCGAGUGUUUUAUUUACGUCACUGCCAUUCAGAGCCGAUAAAUAUCAGUGACGACCGUGUGACACAGGAACAUUCACAGGCUGAAUGAUCCUUUUCACACUGAAGCAAAACGACAUGUCUGUGGGUUUAUUUUGUCCAGUGUGAAAUCACACAAAUAACUUCAACAACACAACGAUAAUGAUGAAAACAUCAGGGCUGCUUUAGUCCAAACAAGCUGCAGCAUCUGAAAUAUUAUUAAUGUUAGUUUCAUGAUCACUUAUAACACUGUCCACAGUUGAUCAUGGGGUUCCUCAGGGUUCUAUUCUUGGUCUGUUAUAGUAUUUCCUAUUUACAGAUGUCUCCUCACCCUGCUGUCGAAUUGAUCUGGAGAAUGAACAGCAGACAUCCAUAAACAUAAUUAAAAGUUAAAAUGGAUAAAAACACCAGCGCCCGUGUGAUCGAGGCGUCGUUAUUCAUUUUUAAACUUCUGGUCUGGACGUUGAAGAAACUGGUUCGAGGUUUAUUUUGAAAUAAGACACUUGUCAGUCUGGGGAGACUGGGCUGCAGGUGAAUCAAAGACCAGAGAACUCAGACAGGAUCUGUGGGGACUGAUGCAAUAAACAUUCUGUUUGAUUUUCUUUAUCAUAUAUGUAUGUUUGUUACACAGAAAAGGGAAAAUGUUGAUCAUCAACUCUCCAGCAAGGUAUUUCACAAAGUGAUCCCACUUGUCACAUGCUGCUCACAGGCUGAGUCACUCGCUCUCUGCUUGACAGUUUCUAAUGUAUAAAUAACACCUUGCUUCUUUUUCAUAUCCAGCAACAUUUACAGCCAUAAGAAAAAACUGUGACAGGCAGCUGAGAAAACAGCUCAGUCUCACUUCAGGUACAGGACGUGUUUAUUCUAGCUGAACUGCUGCUUCCAGCCUUUAUGCUAAGCUAGGCUAACCGUGUUCUGGCUCCAGAUCUGUGUCAGGUUAUUGUGAUUAAGUCUCAGAUACUGUGAAGCUACAAUGUUUUUCUGAUUCUGUGUGAUGUUGAUCUGAACUUAUCAGGUGUAACAUCUUGAACCUUGAUCUUCAUCAUGUAAUGUGAACGUGACGCUGAUCUUCGCCAUCACACGUCACAAGCAAAGAGGAGUGAAACUGCUCCUUCAAAGUAAAGGCUGAGUUCAUCGUCAUGACGACAAACGAAUGAAUUAUCUGCUUUUCUUUCUUUUUCUGCAGUGUUGUUGUUUUCACCUGAGAAACACAGGGGGCGCUGUUCUGUGUCAUCACCAGCUCGAAUAGACAAAUAUUAAACUGUGAACACUAAAAUAAAGAUUUAUUCAUAA